CCCCCCAUGACCAGUCCCACUGCUAGCUCCAUUGAGUGACAAGGCCACCUGCAGAUCUUUGCCCAAGUUAGGAGGUGCUGCCCUCCAAGCUAAAGAUAGAUAUUGGGCCUUCCAGAUGGCCAUAACUCAGUUUAGUACUUGAAUGUUAGGCUGCCAGGCCCUUUGAGAAGGCCAUUGUGCUGCAACGUGCCUCCCCCCUUCCCCUGCCAUGUCCAUGCUCUGCUUUAACAAAGGCUGUGGGCAGCGAUUUGACCCAGAUGCCAACCUACCAGAUGUGUGUCGCCAUCACCCUGGGGUGCCCAUCUUCCAUGAUGCCCUUAAGGGUUGGUCCUGUUGCCGUAAGCAAACAACAGAUUUCUCAGAAUUCUUAAGCAUCCAGGGCUGUACCCUGGGACCACACUGUGCAGAGAAGUCUCUGGAGAGCCCUAGUACUGAUGGCACCCUCCAGAGGCCCAAGCAUUUGGCCACCAUUCCGAAGUCAGCAGAGACACUUCGCCGGGAAAGGCCUAAGGAAGAACUGAACCUGUGCCUCCUGCCUCUCAGUGUAUCUCAUGGCCUGGAGACUGCCCUGAAACAGAAGGAGCUUGCCCCAGAGGACCCUGAGCCUGGAGCAGGACUCCCCAGCACUGUGGUCCGUCUUGGCUCCGUCUGCCAGAACCCAGGAUGUAGUGCUGUGUUCCAAGGCUCUGAGAGUGAUGCUAGCCCCUGCAGCUUCCAUCCUGGAGGGCCUCGAUUCCAUGAGGGAAUGAAAUCUUGGAGCUGCUGUGGUAUAACAACCGUGGAUUUUAGUACGUUCCUAGCCCAGCCAGGAUGUAGCCUCGGUAGACAUGUCUGGCAGAAGCAGCGAUGGGUCUCCUGCCGCCGCGACUGGCACCAGACGGCCUCUGCAGUAGUGGUGACCAUAUAUGGCCAGAGACCGCUGCCUGCGCUCAGCUGGGUGAAGACCAAUCCAACCAAGCUUCACAUCCACAUAACUUUUGAGGGUAACCGGGUUUUCCAGGAACAAGUGGAGCUCUGGGGGGUCAUAACGGUGGAGCAGAGCUCUGUCUCCCUCAUGCCAUCCCGGGCUGAGAUCUCCCUGAGCAAGGCUGACCCAGGGCCUUGGGCCGAGUUGGAGCAGCCAGGCCCAGGAAUGCCAGCUGAGAAAGCUGGGGAGGAUGUUGGGCUUGGGAUGAUUGGAGAGAAACCUGAGGAUUCAGAUGAUGAUUUGAGCUGGACAGAGGAAGAGGAGGAAGAGAUUGAGGGAGAGUAACCACUAGAUAGGUAUUUUCGUAGAAUCUUAGUAGUUCCCUAGGACACUGGAGUCAGGGGCAUGGUCAGUUGCACGCUGUUACUGGGUACCGGGUUGUAGGACAGGUAGGAAAACCCAACAAGGGUCCUUCCCACGCUGUUUCUCUGCUCAAACAAACUGUGUGAUCCUCAGAUCACACUGUGUCAUUCUCUUGCUCUCUCCUCAGUCCAAGAACAACAUAUGGACACUCGAUUCACUCUCUCAGUACCUGGUCAUGGCCUUCCUCGCCUCCCCAGCCUCCGCACAAGAAACAACCACCAAAUAAAAAAAAACCCCAAAACAAACAAAGCCAUACAACUAUCCUUUGGUUUUUGACAUAAAUCUGGAAUUUAUUUAAUAUAAGCCAUGUGCCCAAACCUCUGCUAGCCUGGGUGGGGAGUGGGGGAUCAAGACUAUAAGCCUUGUUCCCCUGGUUGUGGAGAUGAGAGGCAAAACCAUAGUGAACACUCCCCAGAAAGCAUUAAAGCGACUGCUACCACUUAUAAAUAACAGGGCUGAGAGGAAAGAGAGCUUAACAUGGCCUUGAGAAGUCAAGGAAGGCUUUGUGGACAAGGAUUUGGGGCCUCAUAGCCAGGGCUCUCCUGCUUCUGUAUCCCUGUAAGGGUUGAAUGAACGUAGGGGAGAAAUGGUGGAGUAGCCUUUACCUGGCUCUGGAGCUUGGAACAUAGAACCAAGUAUUUGGGACAAGACUCCAUCUCCAGCAAGUGAACAUUUACUUCUCUAGGAUCCUGGCCCAGUAGAAGGGACGUAGCCUGGCAUGGUGCCUGGCUCUUACUGGGUACUUGAUGGAAUGGAGUAAAUUGAACUGUCAUAGAGUUCAUACAGUCUUGAUCCCAUAGUUCUGUGUUUCCUGAGCCUUCCUGUGGUCAUGGUUGCUCCUGGAAUUGGGGCGGUGGAGAAGCAGAACUCCAGAGAAAGGAUGCUGAAGAGAUGCCCAAAUGUGCCCAUGAUACAAGUGGGUGGCCUCAGUGAGGGCAGGGCUUGGGACCCAAGGCUGUAAGUGGCUCCUGCCUCGGCCUUCUUCCAUAGUUGCCUCUUCUCUCAGGCUGCAAGGAAAUGCCUUGGAGGCUGGGAAGGGGGAAUGGUGGUGACAGAUGUAUCUUGUCAUUUAAUCCUCACAAUCCCCUUGAAGAUGAGCACUAAAGGUAUUCCCACAGUUUUAUCAAUGAGGCUGAAAUAGGUCAGGUGACUUGCCCAUGGCCACAUGGCUAAUGUUGGAGACAGGGUACAAAGCCAGGUUUCUCCUGACUCAAUGUACAUUGAGCACUCACAGACACCAGUCUGGGGAAGGGCAGCAAGGCUGGGGGGCAAAAGCUUGUUGAUGACAAAUCUUUUAAGGGGAUCUGUUCUGGGGAGUUUGGAUUCAGUCAAAGGGCUGCACUUGAGGACCUAGAGGACCACAUGUGGCCUCGAGGCCGCAGGUUCCCCACCCCUGACUGCUAGGAUCUGGCAUAAUGUUUGGGUGAAGGCCAAGGCCCAGAACUAUCCGUGCUUCUUGCCCUGAUUUGGCUUAAUUACAAGCUGAAUCUUCAAGGCCCUUCCAAACUUCUACAGCUGCUCCUUCUCCGUGUAAUGAAAACUAGCAGGAAAGGGCAAUACCUCAGAUACCCUGUCAUAAGUAUGGUAUAGAGGUGAGUGUGAUGGGUCCCAAGAGCCUGGAGACAUCUGCCCCUUCUCUCCCUACCGACUCUGAGUCUGUGAUCAGGCAUUUCCGUGUUCGUUCCGGAGGGAGUGGCCAAAGACUGGGCUCAAGCCAGCUGCUUUACAAGAUGGGGGAGGGCUGAUCAGCCACAGGCCAUUGCAACUGGGGCUCUCAGGGGAUGGUGUGAUAUGGCUGCUAAAUGAAGCUGUGCGACACGGGCUUACAUCCACCUUGUUUUUAGUAAAAAGGUUUCAGAAGAAGGAUGUCUUAGCCUAAUUUGCUCAUGUUGGCCCCUUUCCUGGCCCUACUGCCUUAAAAUUCUCCCCAACAGGGAGUGAUUCCUGGGACCUUAAACCUAGGGACUCUGCUUCCCUACCUGCCCCCAAACUACAAUCCCACCCAACAACCUGGGAGUUUCCUCAGUUCCCUGGGUGCUGUGGGGUGGGGUGGCCCAGCUGAGGGAUUCAGAUGCAGACUAGGAGCAGGGAUCUCUCAUUCUAGGCCAAGGUUGGCUGGUGUCAUUAGGCACAGACUUCCUGUUUUCAUUUCUAUGGGGGGGGGCAGGCUGGUAUUGGAUGGGUGUGCAGGAUAUGGUCUGUUCAGUUCUUUUCAGAAGAGUCUGGCUUUAGCUAGCUGGGCAUUUGACCUUAGAGAAAAACAAUCUUAACUUUGAGAAGAGCUUGAGGUAUCCUGCAGGCGUUUGAGACAGAACUGCUGAGAAGGCUGGGUUCACAAAAAGUUUUCAAACUGCCCCCAGUGAGCAGCCGUGCAAGUUAGGAGACAGCUUCCCUGUCUGCCAAGAGGAGGGGCUGGGCGGGUAGGUGGGGGGUUGGUCUUGGGUUUGAGCUACAGUGGCCCUUGGACACGUGAUUGGGCAGCCCCUCCUCUUCCGGUCUCCCCAAGUAUGGGCUGGCCAAACCACAGAAGGCUGAGUUUCAGGGCUUCCAAAUACUAGGUAGGCAGGCAUUACUAAUGGAAGUGACCACAAGAAUCCUGUGGAGCUGUUUGAGAGCAGGAGGGCUAGAGAGGAGACUGUUCGGUUUGGCUGGUGCUCCCUGGAAGGAAGCAGGCCUUUCAAAGACUUGAGCUUCCAAGAUUCCAGGGAGCGUUCUUACCCAAAGGGCCUGCCAGAGCAGCUCGGACCUGGGGCUGAAAUCCUUGAGGAAGAACACUGUAAUUGUUUGCAGCCUGGGUCUGAUUUCGUAGGGCCACACUCAUCUUCGCUUUGGCUAGAUCCUCCCUCCCGCCGCCAGGGAAGACGGGAAGAAAUGCGCUCUGGGAUUCUUUGAGAGCCCGAGUUGGCCAACCGAAUAGCACGGAACGGAAAGUUCUGUCCAUUUUAAAGAGCAACUAGAAAAGGUCCAGGAUGGGCCAGGGAGGCCUGGCUAGGCGGCCCUCGUUGGGAAAGACUCGGAGAUUUGGGGCAGCCCCCAAAGAAGCUCAUGAACUGUCUAGAGUGGUUUCAGACUGGGACAGCUCUGGGGGUGGGGUGGGGUGGGGGGCAGCCCCUUGCCAACCCCGCGACUGCCACGGCAUGGAAUCUUCCAACAAGUUAGCAAAUCGCCAGCGCCCCGGGGCCCGUAAGGACCUCUCUCUUGCCAGGGUCGGGUGGCCAGGCAGUCCAAGGUCAUUCGGAGCGGGCGAUCUUACUGAGAUCCCAGAGACGUGGGUGCAGGGAACCGGCAAGCACCGCUGCCUCGACUGCCCUCUCCCCGAAGAUGCCGGCUUCCCGGGCCUGCGUCCGGCCCCAGGCCCCCGCUCGGCGGCUUGCGGGAGGACACUGGCGAGCCUCCGGCACCAGCG